GAAAAAAGCUUCCUCUUCCAGUGAAAGGCAGAACGUUUUCUCUAGAUUUGCUUUUAGACAGAGGGAUUUCCUGCUGGCUGAACUGUUGCCAACAAUUUUUGAUACAAACAUAUUUGACCUGAUGGAGGGAUGUAGCAGUGAGAUGGCAGCCUUCUCCCAGAACAUGCUGACAGUCAGCAUGUUACUGAAUGUCUUCUUACUUUCAGGAGUUCAGACUGGAUGUAAUAACAAGAACCCAAACCUCAAAAUUACUGCACCAGAGGAGAUGGAAGCUCUGAGUGGAUCCUGUUUGCUAAUCCCAUGUAGCUUUAGAGCAAUACCAGAGAAACCAGGAGAAAAGUUUGACAACAACAGAGAAAUAUUUGGAGUUUGGAUUAAAAGUGAUGCAGCAUUUGAAAAUAAUAAGAAAAAUGUGAUUUACAACAGCAGUCAGUCUCAAAACAGCUAUGCAGUGAACAUUUCUGGAAACCUGAGAGAGAAGAACUGCACCAGUGUGUUUUCUAAUGUAAAGUCAAAUCAAGCAGACAAAUACUUCUUCAGGAUGGAGAACGGGCCGUUCAGAGCAACAGCUAACUGUGAUCCUGUUAAUAUAACAGUUAGAGAUUCUGCUUGGAGCCCCAGGAUUGAAAUCUCAGGUGACAUGAAGGAGAAGAACUCUGUCACCGUAACGUGCUCAGCUCUCACUCCCUGUCCACAAUCACCUCCUGGACUCACCUGGAACCUCCAACCAAACCCUCACAGACAGAUGGAGAGGAACAAAGAUGGAACGUUUACAACUACAAUCCAGCAGAACAUCACUCUGUCAGAGAUCCACGAUGGAUACAACAUCACCUGCUCUGCCAGAUAUCCUGUGGAUGGAGGAAAAAACAAGACAGCAAAUACAAAAGUGGCUCUCAGUGUUUCCUAUGCUCCCAAAGAAACCUCAGCAGCUAGAUGGAUGGAGCUGAACUGCUCCAGCAGAGUCAAUCCUCCCAUCAGCUGCUUCACCUGGGUUGAAAACAGCAAACAUACAGCCAUGAUAGUAGCUGAAGGAGACGUCAGAUUAACCGUCUAUGAGGAAGAAACCCACUGCUAUAAUCGACAGUUUUGGGAUCAUGUCUACAUUGCAGUAAAGAUCCUGGGUCUUGUGACUCUCUGCUGUUUGACGAUCAUCGUAGAGUGUUGGUCUAGAUCAGUAUUGACCAACAAACAAAAGAAGGACGCAGAAGAAGCAGAUGACGACAACAGAGUGACGGAGAUCUGAGCUCCAUGAGGAGACCAGGAAAGACGCCCUGUUCACUGUUCACACAAUCCUUCUUCAGUUCGUUCUGAUGUCGGUUUACAUCACACAGCUGUACUCACUUUCAGAAGUCUUUCUUAUUUCCUACACACAGGUCUAAUCCUCAUAUUGGUCUACAUAUUUAAAAUCUGAGUUCAAAUGAAAUGUUUGCGAGUCAAUUAGGAGUAUUUCUUCAGUAUAUUCUAGUCAGACUCACAGUGUGAGUCUGACUAGUACUGACAGUACUAGCUGUCAGUAGUAUAUUGACACAAUACACCUGUGGUGUUUAUGUGAGAUAUUAAAUGUUGCAGGAAGAUUUUUAUAGAUAAAACUUGGCAGCAAUAAAUGAGCAGGGAAUAUUUUGGAUAUUACCUGAUGCAUGUAGAACAAAGCUGGGCUAAACUUUUUAAGCAUACGCCUCUAACCGCACAACCUCCCAAAGUAUCAUCCCACAUUGUUUAAUGUAAGCUCUUCUACUCUACUUGUAUUCCGUGCUUUAAUAAAUUCUCAAUUUGGCAUGAAAA